UCCAUACAGUUAAAGAUGCCGCGCAAGAAGCCGUUCAGCACCAAGCAGAAGAAGAAGCAGCUGCAAGACAAAAGGGAGCGGAAGAGGGGACCUCUGGAAGCCGGGCGGUCCGAGUCAAACAGUCGAAGCCAGAGCAGAGAACGGGGAGAGGAAAAUACGGACACCUCUGACAGCGAGACCGUCCGACCUCAAGUAAGACGAAUCAACCAGCAGCCGCAGCUUCUUAAACCUGGAGAAAAAGGCUAUGACCCCAACAGGUAUCGACUACAGUUUGAGAGGGAGAGCAAAGAUGAAAUCGAAAGGAGGAAGAAAAUCGCCCAGGACAAAAUUCUGGAACCUGUUCCAGAAACCGAACUGGAAGUUGAUAUCGAGAAGAUAUACAGACCUGGAUCAGUGUUAGACUUCCCAAAACGGCCAGCCUGGCAUUACGACAUGAGCAAGGAGGCUUUGCAAUCGCAGGAGGAGAAGUCCUUUAAGGAUUACCUCCAGAAGAUCUACGAGAAUCACAACCCACGAGAUCUCAGCUACUUUGAACACAACUUGGAGACCUGGCGUCAGCUCUGGAGAGUUCUAGAGAUGUCAGACAUUGUCCUGCUGAUAACAGACAUCCGGCACCCGGUGCUGCAUUUCUCUCCAGCUCUGUAUGACUAUGUGACCCAAGACCUGGGAAGAGCUCUAAUCCUCGUUCUCAAUAAGACAGAUCUGGCCCCUCCAUCUCUAGUGGUGGCCUGGAAACAAUAUUUUCAGGAAAAGUUCCCCCAAGUCCAUGUUGUUUGCUUCACAUCCUACCCCAGGCAUCCAGAGGACGAGCAGGACCCCUCCGCAGUGUUUAAGAAGCGUAGAAAGAGACGCCGAGUUUGGAGUGCAGCUUUGGGCCCCAAUCAACUGCUGCGAGCCUGUGAGAUCAUCACAGCUGGGAACGUUGAUCUAUCUAGCUGGAGAGAGAAGAUUGAGAGAGACACCGCAGCACUGUGCUCCCCUGCUAGCAAAGAUGGAGACGGAGAGGACAAGGAUUCUGAUGAAAGUGAGGCUGUUCUAGCCCAGCAGGUCACCGAUGCAGAGCUUGGAGCCCCCAGCAGAGAGCGCUACAAGGAUGGCGUGCUAAGCAUUGGCUGUUUAGGAUUCCCCAACGUAGGGAAGUCAUCAUUAAUCAAUGGCCUUGUGGGCAAGAAGAUUGUCAGUGUUUCUCGAACACCGGGUCACACCAAGUACUUCCAGACCUAUUUCCUGACGCCCACUGUACGCCUGUGUGACUGCCCUGGCCUCAUCUUUCCAUCGCUGAUGGAUAAGCAACAGCAGCUACUUGCAGGCAUUUACCCCAUUGCCCAAAUUCAAGAACCUUAUAGCUCCGUGGGCUACCUGUCCUGCCGAAUACCUGUGCCCGGACUCCUUAAAUUGUCCCACCCAGAAGGAGGCAAGAAGGGUUGGACUGCAUGGGAUAUCUGUGACGCCUGGGCUGAAAAGCGUAACUAUAAGACUGCGAAAGCCGCACGCAAUGAUUCCUACCGAGCCGCCAACAGUUUGUUGCGCCUUGCCGUGGACGGACGACUUUGUUUAUGCAUGAGGCCCCCAGGUUACUCACUUCACAAAGAGACCUGGGAGCAACACCCGGACACACUGGAAAUGAUCAGCCUUGCAGAGGCCCGUGGCCACCCUGACAGUCACUCCUCCUCCGGAGGAGAGGAAGAGGAGGAUAUCUCCAGCUCAGGGGAGGAGGAAGAAGAACGAGACCGGGAUGCGGAUGAGGAGGAGGACGCAGAAGAAGAGAACAAAGAUAACACUUCUCAGUCCCAAGCCAAAAAAAGUGUCAAAACAAAAAGCGCAGAUGUCAACCCUUACGCCCUCCUUGGGGAAGAUGAGUGUUAAGUUUUGGAUGGGAAUUUUAACUUGGCUGUGCUUCAGAAGAGGUCAGAGUGUUGGCUUUUGUUUAUCAGCAUCCCAGUCCUUAAACUGUCUGCUAGGUGUCUAAGCAGAACCUGUUUCAGACAGUUUGUCAGGAGAAGCCGAUAGCAUUUGCUCAGUUAUUGCUUUUUUUCACUCCAAACUUGGCGAGGGGGGGAUUAUGGGAGUUUUGCAUUUUGAGGU